AUCAGCGUCAUGUCCACUACUUCGACCCCCGAUGCUUCCCCCGCGCAUGUCCAACCGCUGCACAAUCCCUCUCAGGCGGCGCGCGUCGUUGUCCCACAGGCACCUCUCGGUAACGCGACGAACGGAGGUGCAUCCUUCGCACCUGGCAUGGGUGCAAAGGCUCUGCUCGCCAAGAGGAUGACGAAGAACGUAAACCCUGCGUUCGUUUCGCCAACGGACAAUUUGAUGACACCGUGCACGAAGAAAAUCAGUGCGGCAAAGAAAAAGACUUUUGCCAAAGGCGCGGCAAAGCCUAUGGCUCCGCUGUUCUCGCAAGCUGAGGCUAAGGGAUCCGACUCGAGUGGCGACGAAACGAAGAAGAUGGACGAUGACGAGAACCCGUUCUAGAUCCUUUUUACUUUUACGCAUGAUGUUACGAUCUUAUACGACUGCCCUCUCUGUCUCAUGUAUUCUUCCUCGUUGAUUCGUUCUCGCUCUGCUGUCUUUGGCGCCCAUCGUCUGGGUCGUUUGUACUAUGGCUGUAUAUCCUCCCUUUUU